AUGUUUUCUCGAAGCGCUCGAUUGUUCCCCACUACCCGACAAGCCUACACUCGCAUCCUCAGAGCCGGCGAGCCCGAAGAGGCUAACCGACAACAGCGAUCCGGUCCUGGCCUUUACGCUGCUGCUGCUAUGAUUGCCGUCGUAGGUGGUGUUUACUUUUUCUGGGGUACUGAACGUGCCGCCACCGCCAAACAUGAGACUACGGCCGAAACAAGCUUGAAGGAUCCUAGUGCCCGACAGAGUCCCGGUGGAGGUGGUUCCAGAAUUUAA